AUGUCAGAUUACUUCAUCCCCAAGUACCAGAGCGGAGACCUGGUGUUCGCCAAGUUGAAAGGCUACGCCCACUGGCCGGCCAGGGUCGAGCACAUGGCUGAACACAACCGCUAUCAAGUGUUCUUCUUUGGGACCCACGAGACCGCCCUCCUGGGCCCCAAACACCUCUUCCCGUACGCCGAGUGCAAGGAGAAGUUCGGCAAGCCCAACAAGAGGAGGGGCUUCAGCGAGGGGCUGUGGGAGAUCGAGAACAACCCCACCAUCCAGGCCUGUGACGACCAGGGCCCCCAAGAGAAGAGUGGCGCCAAGGAGCCAGCGCCGGGGCCGCAGCCUGAGGCCUGCGAGGCCUCGGAGGCCACCGAGGCCCAGAAGAGCGGCCGCCGCGGCGGAGAUGAGAACGGGGAGCUGCGCGUGGACGAGCCGGCCCAGGCGCAGGACGAGAUGGGGCCGCUGAAGAGGAGCGCCGAAGACCUGCUGGAGCGCGUCCCCAAACGCCCCAAGGAGGCCGAUCCGGAGGGCGAGGCGGCGGCGGCGGGGGCCUGCGAGGCUGCGAGGCCGGUCCUGGUGGAGGCGUUGGAGCAGGGCCCUGUCUGGGGGCCGCCCCAGGAGGAAGGGGAGCUGCCGGAAGAGGCUGCCGACGUGGAGGAGGAGGCCGAGGUCCCGGGUGACGGAGACCACGAGAGCCAGUAA